CAGCACAAUGUAAUAAUGUAAACAUACUGCACGUGCUUGUUCACAAUCGAUUGAAAAUAACUGCACAGGCAGGACGAAUAUUAGUUUAACUUUCGUUUACGAAUUCAGUUUUUCGCAAGGAAUCUAUAUUUUCUUUGGGCGUAUUCAAUUCGUUCGGUUUUUGUUUUUGGUGAAUUCGUUUUUGGAAAGUUAAAAAUGGGAAAACAUACCAAUAACCCUCAGUUUAGAGUUCUUGUUAGUUUCAUGAUAAAAUACCCAGAAUUAGCAAGAGGAUUUACUAGAUCCACUAAACAGACAUUGGAUGCAGAUGGUUUGUGGGCUGAUACUGUCAAGGAACUCAAUAAUCUAGGACCUCCAUGUCGAGAUGUCACAGGAUGGAAAAAGGUAUGGUCAGAUUAUAAAGUGAAUUUGAAAAAGAAACUAAAGCACAACAGAGACAGACAAGAAACUGGUAGAACUCUUGGUGAGCCAAAUAAAGAAAUGCCAAUUUCAUCCCUCGAACAGAUUGUUAUUCGUAUAAUUGGUAUGUCAAAAUUUGAUAAUUGGAUUGACGAUACCCAAACAAGUAAUAAUUCAUCACUUAACAUUUCUGCACCACGAACUAUAAGUUUAUCAAAAUCUUCAUCACCCGAAAAUCCUUCAACUGACAUUGAGUACAUUGAUUUUGAUGUCAAUAACAGUACUGAAAAUCUUAACUCAGAAAUGUUUUUUAACAGUACAAGUGCUGAAGAAUUAAUAACAAAAGUUGAAACAGAAAGUUAUUGUUCAUUUGAUACAAUAAAAUCAUCGAAAAAACGUCGUAUUUCUAACAAUAUGGAAAUGACUGAAACGGAAAUGACUGAGAAAGAAAUAUUUCGUCAAGAAAAAAUACGAAAAUUUGAUCAAAUUGUUGUGCAAAAUAAUGAAAUUGGUGAAUGUUUAAAACGAACAUGUCAAGCAAUUGAACAACUUCAAGAAGGUCAAAAAGAAUUAGUAAAUGUUUUGAAAAGAGGUUUUGAACAACAGGCGGAACAUAAUAAGACUAUGCAGGAAUUAAAAAGAAAAAAAUUGGAGAAAUUUGAUUUUUAUCAGAAGGAAAAAUUAAAAUUGAAGCGAUAUGUGUUGUCGAUGGAGGAAAGUCGUGAUAGCUCUGAAGAGGUUUAAGAUUUUAUUUAUAAUCAAGGAAGUAUUAUUUUUUAGUAAGG